CGGAAGUGACGAGCUAGGGCGGGCUGAGAGCCGGUGUGCUUUCUCUCUCUCUCCUUUGCACGCGGUGCAGGAAGCCGGUAGGCCUGAGCGGCUCGUGCUGAAUAAUGCCGGGAAAACUCCGCAGUGAGUCCAGGUUGGGAUCAGACGCGGCCGAGGACAACAUGGAGACAUUGCCGAAGACAAGCGAGAAGAAAACUAAAAAAGAGAAGCCAAAAUCUAAGACCAAAGAAGCAACGGAAGGAACAGAAGAGACCGUUUCCUCCAAAGCUAAAGCAGUUAAAAAGAAAGGGCCCUCUGAAGAUGAUGUGGGUCCCCCGAAGUCCAAGAAGGCCAAAAAGCAAGAGGAGGCACCUCAAGAUGAGACUGCUUCUAAAAGCAAAACCUCCAAGAAGAAAAAGGAGCCCCUUGAGAAGAAAGCGACCUCUGCUAAAACCAAAGAAGUAAGCCUCGAGGAGCCUUCUGAAGAGGACGCAGAUGUUCCUAAGCCCAAGAAGAUGAAGAAAGGGAAGGAAGCAAAUGGAGACAUUGGAGAGAAAAGCCCCAAGCUCAAGAAUGGAUUCUCUCCUUCGGAGUCGAACUCCAGUGAAGCCACCGGGGAGGAGAGUAGCAGUGAGACAGAGAAGCAGGAAAUACCUGUGGAACAGAAAGAAGGAGCUUUCUCUAAUUUUCCCAUAUCUGAGGAGACUGUCAAGCUUCUCAAAGCUCGUGGGGUGAACUUCCUGUUUCCUAUCCAAGCCAAGACAUUCCACCAUGUGUUCAGUGGGAAAGACUUGAUUGCCCAGGCACGGACAGGAACCGGGAAGACAUUCUCCUUUGCCAUCCCUUUGAUUGAGAAGCUUCAGAGUGGCCUACAAGACAGGAAGAGAGGCCGGGCCCCUCAGGUCCUAGUUCUUGCACCUACAAGAGAACUCGCAAAUCAAGUGAGCAAAGACUUCAGUGACAUCACAAAGAAGCUGUCGGUGGCUUGUUUUUAUGGUGGAACUCCCUACGGUGGUCAGAUCGAACGAAUGCGGACUGGGAUUGAUAUCCUGGUUGGAACCCCAGGUCGUAUUAAAGACCACCUGCAGAAUGGAAAGCUAGAUCUCACCAAACUAAAACAUGUUGUCCUGGAUGAAGUUGACCAGAUGUUGGAUAUGGGUUUUGCUGAUCAAGUGGAAGAAAUUUUAUGUGUGGCAUACAAGAAAGAUUCUGAAGACAACCCCCAAACAUUGCUUUUCUCUGCAACCUGCCCUCACUGGGUGUUUAAUGUUGCUAAGAAAUACAUGAAAUCUACAUACGAACAGGUGGACCUGAUUGGUAAAAAGACUCAGAAAGCAGCCAUAACUGUGGAGCACCUGGCCAUCAAGUGUCACUGGAGUGAGAGGGCAGCGGUUAUCGGGGACGUGAUCCGAGUGUACAGUGGUCACCAAGGGCGCACCAUCAUCUUCUGUGAAACCAAGAGGGAAGCCCAGGAACUGUCCCAGAAUACAUGCAUAAAGCAGGAUGCCCAGUCGUUACAUGGCGACAUUCCACAGAAGCAAAGGGAGAUCACCCUGAAAGGUUUCCGAAAUGGCAGUUUUGGAGUUUUGGUUGCAACCAAUGUUGCUGCACGUGGGUUAGACAUCCCUGAGGUUGACUUGGUUGUUCAAAGCUGUCCACCAAAGGAUGUGGAGUCCUACAUUCAUCGUUCGGGGCGGACAGGCCGAGCUGGAAGGACCGGGGUUUGCAUCUGCUUCUAUCAGCACAAGGAAGAGUACCAGUUAGCUCAAGUGGAGCAGAAGGCGGGAAUUAAAUUUAAACGGAUAGGUGUUCCUUCUGCAACAGAAAUAAUCAAAGCCUCCAGCAAAGAUGCCAUCAGGCUUUUGGACUCUGUGCCUCCGACCGCCAUUGGCCACUUCAAGCAGUCGGCUGAGAAGCUGAUUGAGGAGAAGGGGGCUGUAGAGGCCCUGGCAGCCGCGCUGGCCCACAUUUCAGGGGCCACAUCAGUCGACCAGCGCUCCUUGAUCAACUCCCAAGCGGGCUUUGUGACCAUGAUCCUUCGGUGCUCGAUUGAAAUGCCCAACAUUAGUUACGCUUGGAAAGAACUUAAGGAGCAGCUGGGCGAGGGCAUCGAUGCCAAAGUGCGGGGGAUGGUCUUCCUCAAAGGAAAACUGGGAGUGUGUUUUGAUGUCCGCACUGAAGCAGUCACAGAAAUACAGGAGAAGUGGCAUGACUCAAGACGCUGGCAGCUCGCUGUGGCCACGGAGCAGCCGGAGCUGGAAGGACCCCUGGAGGGAUACCGAGGCGGUGGCGGCAGGGGUCAGCGCGAUGGCAGCCGCGGAGCAUUCAGAGGACAGCGCGGUGGAAGCAGGAACUUCAGGGGACAGGGACAGCGAGGAGGAAGUAGAAACUUCAGAGGACAGCGGCCUGGCGGUGGUAACAAAAGUAACAGAUCCCCGAACAAAGGGCAGAAGCGGAGUUUUAGUAAAGCGUUUGGUCAGUGAGUGGAGGUGGGAAGGACUCUUCACCCCGGACUCCAGUGCCCACCCCCCCUGUCAGCGCCGCCUCCUUCCUCUUGACUGUUUGCUCAGUCCCCGUUCCUUGAGUGAGAUUGGCUUCUGAACUGUUCAGUCUAACAUCGCCAACUCUCUUCGCUUUGAAAAGGGAUGGGAAUUCAGGUUAUCAUUUUCUAACAUAGUGUCUAAUUUUACAAAGUAAAGCCAACCACGGAUCGGUGUGUCCUUCCAUGUUGACCUUGCAAGUCCAUCUUUGUGUGUAAGCGUGCACUGGGGUCUGAACCCAGACCCUCACCCAUGCUGAGCAUGCACACGCCCUACGACUAAACUCCAUCUCUAGUCCCUGGAAGUGUCUCUUACUCAUGUCCUCCAAAGAAAGUCCCUAAGGGGGCUGGAAAGAUGGCUCAGUGGUUAAGAGCACUAACUGCUCUUCCAGAGGACCCGGGUUCAAUUCCCAGCACCCGUGACCUACGCCUGUGGCAAAACACCAAUACAUAUAUAUAAAAUAAAAAAUAAAUUAGAAAAAAAAAAAAAAAAGAAAGUCCCUAAGGGAUGCCUCAGUCUCUGGAGGACCACAUGAGUCAGGGAUUUUUUUCUUGCCUCUGAUACUUGGCCUCCUGACAAACAAUUGCUAGAAUCUGUGUGUCUGCUGAGGUCUGAUGCUGAACAAGGCUUUUCAAAGCCAUUUCAGACUUAGCUGACUGGACUAGCUUGUGCCAGGCUCUGGAUGUGGAGGGUGGAAGGCAGACAGUAUAGAUCUCUGCACAGUGUCUCCGCAUACUCUUCAGUUUCUCGUUAGAAGGUGACUUGUGUUUCAGUGAAUGUUCUAGUGUAUAUAGAAGUACAUUUUCAUAGGAGCCAGGGUCCCAAAUGUCUAAAGUCUCUGGAUUUUUUAUCAGUAAUAAGACGAAAUAGGUGAUAUUGAAGUGCUUGUGCCCUUUUGGAAGAUUGAUUUACCAAGAAGUAAUUAAUUAAGCUCAGUUGGUAUUGCUGAAGAAUGAUUCAGAAAAGCCACAAGGUGGUCUUCAUGGUCACAAGUGAGGAGGCAGGA